AUGGCAACGAGCGCAGUUCCUGCUGGAACACAAACGAUCGCGGGCGUGCCCGUGGAGCUUGGGCAGCCCGUGCACGUGAACACUAAGAAGCAGCUCCAGCGGCAGAUCAACGCCAUUGUGGGAUGGAGCGAGUUGGACCGCGCGCCUAUGAAUAUGGCGCAAACCAUGCUUCGUGGCAACGAGCACCAGAUAGGCGAGCAUCCUUAUUUCGUGUGUGAGAAGUCCGUGGGCGUGCGCUAUCUAGCGCUGUUGGUGCAAGGCCGCUGCUACCUCAUCUCACAGAACUACGAGAUCCGCGAGGUGACGCUCUUCUGCCCCGUGCGUCCAGAUCGUCUGCAACCAGGAGUAGAUCGCAACACUGUAGUGCCGCAUCAAUGGACAAUUGUGGACGGGGUCAUGGUGUGCGAUAAAGAUGGCAGCAAAUCGGUGCUUACACUUCUACUGUACGAUAUUUUGGCGCUUAAUGGAAGCCCUGUGAUGACUUAUAAGCUACAGGAUCGACUCAAGCUCAUCCAGAACGACGUGGUGGGUCCACGCAAGCAGUUGCCGCCUCCCAAAGGGCAGCCACCCGACAUGUUCCAGCUUGUGUUGCAGUCCAUGUAUCCCAUUAACCGUGUAGGCCAUGUGAUCCGCAGCAUUCUGCCCAGAGUCUCUCAGACAAGACAGAACGCCGGACUGGUGUUCACUCCCGUGCUGCUGCCAUAUGCUCCGGGGUUCUCUAAGGGGUUAUUCAACUGGACACCAACGUCAGUGCUGUUUGCAGACUUCCAACUGGGUGUGGAGUGGAGAGGACGUCCACCGAAGCCCGGAUUUAAGCUUGUGAUCCACGACAAGCGCACGCAGGUCUUUCACGACUGGAUCACGUUCGCACCAGAUGAUUUCGAGGCCUUCAGGCAGGACAAAAAGGCGUCAUCGCGUAUCGUCGAGUGUGUAUACGCCCCGGAGUGGCUCACAUACAUCCCGUCGCAUGACAAGAGCACCUGGGAUUCGGGGAGUACGGAAUUCAACGCUACCGAUCGCGGUGUUGGGUGGAGAAAAGGUGGCUGGAAGUUUGUUCGAUGCCGCCCAGAUCGCAGCAUGCCGCUCGAACGCAGCUAUCUUGCGAUGAUUGAGAAGGCAAUUGGCGAAGAUAUCAAGCUCGACGAGAUCGAGCGCUUUUUCCCCGAUGACCCCAACAAGAAAACCCAACAAAAGAGUCGUCACGAAGCCCCUUCGACAGCAGACGACUUCGCUCCGCCAAGUAAGAAGAAACGUGGGGGUAGUGGGGCAGGUGGUAGCCAAGGACCUGGUACAGGCGUGUGCUAUGACUUCCAAAACAAGGGUGUGUGUCAGCGCGGCCGGUUCUGCCACUUCUCGCAUUGCGCGUGCAAUUCUACGUGUUCUUGUACACCGACCAAGAAUACUUAUGGCCAGCGACCCUCGUACAGGAGAACGGACUACGAUGCGCCACCAUCUCCUGAAGUCUCGCCUUCGUCGGUCGCGGAUGCAGCCUCCGUACCCGACAAGGCUCCAUCGCUGCGUCUCACCAACUCAUUUGAGCGUGAUGCUAGUCUGAAGACUGACGGGAACACAGGGGAAGAGGAAGAAGCAGGAGAACUCACAGACAACACCAACUUGCACAUCAACAGCAUCUACGCACCUCUCGAGAGUUUUGACAAGGAGACAAUUGCUGCUAAACGAGCUCAGCUGACAGCACUCGGAAAUCGCCGCAUCUGGGCAAGCCUCGGACUCGAAGAUAAGCCACAGCGCACGCGGCCCUGCGGACUUAUUGUAUCGAAAUCUGGUGAGGUGGUGUAUGUCCGCCCCAUGGAGAAAUAAGUUCCCGAUAUUAACGCAAGUGGUGGGACGAGAUGCAAAUUUCCGCUUUCAUUGCUUACGUCACGGAAUAACAAUUAAAAUGAGUGUGCUGCUAUCUGACAAAAGGUAGCCAUGUGAGUGUGCUACCUCAGAAAAAA